AUGAGCACCACUGCAGUACAUCAACAACAGCCUAUUGAUAUUGGAAUAUCCAAUUUACCAAACCAAUGUUACAAAAUUGUUAGUAAAAGGGGUGGACAAUUCAACUUAAUGGUUUGUGGUGAGUCCGGUUUAGGUAAAACUACUUUUGUGAACACUUUAUUCCAAACCACUUUAAAACCAGUUUCAUUGCCUGCAAAUACUACCGAAACAUCGCGUAUGCAGCACCGUGGUAGCAUUAAAAAAACCACAGAGAUAAACAUAACUCGUUGUAUUUUAGAAGAGAAAAAUUUUGAAUUAAAAGUUAAUGUUAUUGAUACCCCUGGAUUUGGUGAUAAUGUUAAUAAUAACAAAUGCUGGAAUACUAUUAUUGAUUUUAUUGAUGAUCAACACGAUUCUUUUAUGCGUCAAGAACAACAACCCUUUCGAAAAACUAAAUUUGAUUUGAGAGUUCACGCGGUAUUAUAUUUUAUCAAACCUACUGGACAUGGUUUAAAACCUUUAGAUGUAGCUACUAUGAAGAGUAUAUCAACAAGAGCUAAUUUAAUUCCUGUUAUUUCUAAGAGUGAUACUUUGACCAAAGAAGAAUUGAACGUUUUUAAAUUAAGAAUCAGACAGGUUAUUGAAGCACAAAAUAUACGUAUAUUCACACCACCCUUAUAUAAUUCCAACACCUCUGAUGAUCUAGGUUCGACUAGUUCCAACAAUGAUGAUAUAGAAGAUAGCCAAGCCGCUAUGGAGCAUUCAAAACAAUUAAUUGAAGCGAUGCCAUUUGCAGUUAUUGGUUCUGAAACUAGGUACGAUUUGGGUAAUGGAAAUACUGCUGUUUUAGGUAGGCAAUACCCAUGGGGGGUAGUUGAAGUAGAAAAUGAUGAUCAUUGCGAUUUCAGAAAAUUGAGAAGUUUAUUAUUAAGAACCAAUCUAUUAGAUUUGAUUCUAACUACAGAAGAAGUACAUUAUGAAACUUAUAGAAAAUUACGUCUAGAAAAUGCUGAUGUAAAUUCUUCUUCUACGUCAUCAGAUAAAGAUAUAGUGGAUGGGUCUAUUCCGCCUCCUAUACCAGCCAGAAAGUUAUCACAUAAUCCUAAAUUUAAGGAAGAAGAAAUAGCAUUAAAGAAAUAUUUUACUGAUCAAGUUAAAGCUGAGGAGCAAAGAUUCAGGCAAUGGGAACAGAACAUCGUUAAUGAAAGAAUUAGAUUGAAUAAUGAUUUGGAGGAAGUCCAGAAUAAAGUUAAAAAGUUGGAAGAACAAAUUAAAACUAUGCAAAUGAAAAAGAUCUAA